GAUCUGUGUGUAGUCAAAGAAAAUGUUAUCAUGGUUUAAUGGAUGAUAAAACUUUCUGCUGAGUCAUGAUGUUGAUUAAGAUGUUUUUCAUUGGUUUUGUUUUUAUUUCAGGAAACAAGGGAAAUGGAAGCAGACAGACAGAGCAGGAGACGACCUGGACAUCACAUGAUCAAUCAUCGUCAUAAACACUGUCUAUAAUGUGCUGUUCACUGCAGAGUUAAUGUGCUGUACAAUCCAGUUAGAAUCCAGUUGGGUGCUGGAUCAUUGUCUUUGCAGGGAACAGAAAUAAAACAGCUGCUGUGAGACAAAGUGAAGUCGUCCUCUACAGAACUGCUGCUCUACAGUCUGGACCUUCACUGAUCUUCUCUGGUGGACAGAGACAGCUCUCAACCUGGACUUUAUCUGUCAGAAAUAAGGACAAACAGCUGGAGCUGAGGACAGUGUGUCCUUUACUGCAUCAUGAUGGGACAAAUGGUUUCCAUCAGCAGAGCAGUUGGGAAUAUUUUCUUCAUCUCUUAUUGUGUUUUGUAGAAAACAUGUCUUCACAGUGUAUUUACUUCCACUUGAGUUCAAAUAGUGUUUGACUGUUUGUGAGCUGUGAUAUGAAAUGUCAGCAGGCUCUCUGACAGUAACAGAGUUGGAUGAAAGCUGUAGCUGCCUAUUGAUGUGUGAGUGAAGGGUGUGUAAAUAGUUUUGUAUAUGAAAGAUUUUUGUCUUUACACAGAGUAAAGACAAACUGUGACAGCAGAAUCUCCACAGUGGAACAUAAGUGUUGAGAAACAGCGUCAAAUGAAACUAUAAAGUCAUCCCACAGUUAUUUGGGUUUUUUUAGUCAUUGGCAGUGAUGGUGUUCACACCUCCCUCUGGAUGUGAUAUGUUCAUCUCUCCCAUCAGUGUCUGCAGCACCUCUGAGAGGACGGAGGACUCCUGUCUCCCUUUUGUUGUGGUCUGGUUGAGUCAGAACCCUGAUGAACUCAUUGCCACAUCCUGUCAGUUAUACGGUGCAGGUUGCAGCUUUUCGUGCACAUUAAUUUCUGUAAACAUGUCCCAUAAAACAGGGAACCAGAAACUAAAUGACUUUCUUAAGGAAACAAAAGAGCGAGUAGGAGGCAGAGAGACAGCCCCUCCCUGCUGCUCGUGUAUUAAAGAGCUCUUUGUCUUUUCCAUGUAUAAGCAGAGCUUGAACCAGAGUCUGGUUCUGAACAGUCUGUUAGAAAAGUGAUGGAUUCAAAGCUCCGUGUUGUAUCGUGUUAGCGUGAUAUCAUGUUGUCGACGCUGCUCGUGUUCGGUAAGUCCCACACAGAUGCUAACCCGAUUCUGAGCUGCAUUCAUGGCUGACGCUAACGUUAGCUUAGCUUUAUGUGCUAUAUGAAGUGCAGAGCAGUCCCUGGAUGCUAACACUGUGUUUUCCUGUAGGAUGUGUCUUUGCUGUACCAGCAUUAUGUUGCCGAGCAAAGGAGUACAUCACAGGAGACGGACAAGCUUUGAAAAAUGACGCAGGUACAGUUGUUCGAAGAGACUGUACAGAACAGUCAGGCACACAAUGCAUUCCCUGUGCAGAUGGGACUUUCAUGAACCAUCCCAAUGGCCUGAAUAAGUGUUUCCCCUGCACCUCCUGUGUCCCAGCUCUUGGUCUUUUUUCCAAGCAGAAGUGUACAGCAACAAGCGACACAGUUUGUGAUGUUUUAAGUGGCUAUUUCUGCAAAAGUUUGGCCGAUGAUACAGGAUGUAUCAUGGCAGAGAAACAUACGAAGUGUGCACCUGGUCAGAGGACAGAACAACCUGGAACCAGCAGAGCUGAUACAGUGUGUGAGGACUGUCAGCCAGGCUAUUUCUCACAGGAUGGUGUCAACUGCACAGCUUGGACAAUUUGCUCCGAAAGCCAAGUUAAGGUCAAAGAAGGAGGCCCGAGCAGUGAUGCUGUCUGUGGGAGUGCAUCAAGACAUCAUUACUUUUUGUGUGCACCUCUUUUAGUGUUUGCGUCAGUAACACUUUUUUGGCUUGUAACCAGAGCUUUCUGCUUUUCUGGUGUUCCUCCCUAAUUCAUCUAAUGUUUGCCACUGCAUCACUCACUGACUCCAUCAACCAAAGGUGCCUUACUGUUCAUUCUAAUAUUUCCCUUUUUUGUGUGUUUCAGGCAGGUGCAUAACAACAUCUGAGUUACAGCCUCUCAUUCUAUUUAUUAUAAGUAGUUAAUUAGGGCUGCACUGAUCUAACGUUGUUCAGUUUACAUACUUACACAUUCCUGCAGCUCCUCCUCUACAGCGGUGAGAGAAAGUGAGUGAAACCUUUGGAAUUACCUGCAUUAUGUAUAAAUUAAUCUGUAAAUAAGGUCAGAUCUUCAUCUAAUUAAUGAACCACAUUAACACACAGAUCAUCGUCCUUACUGAAUCCAUCAUUCACACUUUCACAGUGUGCGGUGGAAAAAGUAUGUGAAACCCCUGACUAAUGACAUCAGUAAAAACUAACUGGAGUCAGGCUUUAGCAAACCUGGAGUCCAGCCAAUGAAUCCAGAUCAGAGGUGUGUGUUAGAGCCACUUUGACUUCUAAAAGUCACUCAGACAUUUUGAGUUUACUGUUCACAAGAAGCCUCUGCUGAUGUGAACCAGGCCUCACAAAAACAUCUCAGAGGAUCAACAAUUUAAGGUUUACAGAGUGAUCUCAGAGAGUUUAGAUAUUCAUCAGUCCACAGUCACAGUGUCUGUAAAUGAAGAUGAUUCUGUUCUGUGGCUGCUCCCCCAGAUAAUGUGACUCCAGAGGUAUAACACAGAGUCCUCAGUGAGAUCUAACAGAGGCUCAGAGUGACAGUAACAGCUAAAGGUUUAAAGAAAUCAUUGGAGCUGGUUAACACCUCUGUUCAUGAGUCUGUCAGACACAAACCAGGGUGCAUGGUUCAUGGAGCAUGGAGUUCAUGACCCCACAGAGGAAGCUGCUGCUGUCUAGAUAAACAUCACCCUGAAGGUGAAGGACGGUGGAGGGAACAUCAUGAUUUGGGGCUUUGCUGCGUCUGGUUCUGGACAGCUCCACAUCCUCAGGUUUAUCCAGGUAUCUGACAGGGCAGUGUAAGGGUGGCUGGACCAGGUUAUUGGACCACUUAUUAAAUCCAAGGGUUCACUAACUUUUUCUUGUCUCUGAAACUACUUCACUGUUUCAUAGCUCGUAAAUAAUAUCAAGUUGUUUUGUUUAUGUUGUCACGUGAUUUCUGCUUUUAUUUUGAAAUCUUAUCUCCUCUUGUUUCAGGUUGCUUGCCCUUCCUUCAUGUUUCCCACCAGUCUGAUUGUCUUCCCCACCCUGAUUGUUUCCACCUGUUUCCCAUUACCUUGUGUGUAUAUAUUGUCUUCUGCAUCUCCCUUUGUUCUGUGCCAGUUCCACUUGUCUCUCAUUCAGUGAACUAGCUUCUUAUCCCUCGUCAUUGUAACUCAAGUCAGGUUCUGUAUUAUUUGUUGCUUUGUUUCUUGUUUGUUUUUUUGCUCCUCAGGUUGUUCAGUCUUUUGUGUUUGUGUUUUGUAAUUUUGCUUUUGUGCCUUUUGUGCCUUUUUUGCCUCUUAUUUGCUACUUGGUAAGAAUAAAAAUUAUUACUUUUGAUUUCAUCUGUGGAGUCGAGCUUUUGGGUUCGAGUCCUUGCUCAGUUG